AGUGCGCGGUUCUCCACCCGGCUUCUCCUUCUGGGGCACGCCCCGUACCGGUACGGAGGUAACCUGCGCGGCUACCGAGGUGGAGGAGGAGGAGAAGCCGGUGCGUAUCAGUGACCGAAUCGGGUGCUGGCAAGAAGCUGAGACCCGGAGCGAGGGCCGGAAAAGCGCUCCAGGUGGCAGGGGGUGUAAAAGGGAACAAGAAGUACUCUGCAUGGAAAAUGAAGCUUGUACGAAUUCAUGCCAAUGCUCUGGCAUAUUCCAUGACUACACUAGGGACUGUGAUGAUGAAUACAGUAUUUAAUUUUUACUACAUGCAGCUUUUUUUGAAGCGAUACAAGAUUUCAGAAGCUGCCUUUCACCAAUCUCAGGUAAUUUUUAUGAUCUGGAAUGCUCUUAAUGACCCUCUUUUUGGAUAUCUUCAAGACAACGCCAAGGCAUCUUAUUGUUCAGGACGUCAGAUUGCUAUCUUGUAUGGUGCUCCUUUCUAUGCCUUGGCGUUCCUGCUUCCUUGGUUCCCUUGGAAACACUACCAUGAAGGUGACUGGCUUAAUGGGCUUCACCUUGUGGUAUCCUUGUGUGCUUUUGACGGCAUGUUGACAUUUGUACAGCUAGCCCAAUGUGCCCUGUUUGCAGAGAUCUCCACUCGGCACGAGAGCCGGCUUCAGCUUGUUAAAUAUAACCAAGUGGCGUCACUAGUGGGAUCUACCAGUAUACUUUUCUGUGGCCUUAUCUCUGAUAACAUGGAGAAUUUACCCCAUUUCCAGGCUUUUUCCAUUGUCAUUGCUGUUCUUGCUACUGCCUGCCUUUUCUAUACUGGUAUUUACAGUAUGAGUCACUAUGAACUUAAAGGAAGCCCUGGAGAAACCAGUAUCUCAGAAAGCCAGCCGGAACUCUCCUGGGCCUCAGUCAUCUCGCUGACCAAACAGAUAUUGACCCAGAAAAACUUUCUGCUUUUCUUGGCAAUGAAUUUCUUUCAAGUCUUCCAUUUAACUGUCUUCAGUAACUUCAUGAUGAUCUUUGCAGAUAACCUCAUCCCCAAAGAUGCUUUUUCUUCUUCUAUGAGGAGCAUCAUGUAUGGGGCAGGGUUUAUUUGUCCACAGUUUCUCGUGCUCAUCAGCCAUUCCUGGCUCAAGAAGUUUGGUUACUAUAAGGUCAUUUUAUUUUCCUUUUAUGUAGAAGUAGCAGCUGCGACUAUGAUGUUUGUCUUGGGAGAGGAACACUAUUAUAUUUUGGCUUUUUAUCUCACAGCUAACAUGGUAGUAGUUCAAGCCUCAUUUAGUUUGUUUAAUCUUCCUCUGGCUGACAUCAUUGAUGCAGAUGUACUGAAAUUCAAACGGAAAUCACCCCUUUCCUCAAUGGUUUUUGGGACCAACGCUUUGUUUACCAAACCUGCCCAGUCUUUAGCUCCUAUGGUUAUAGUCACUGUAUUAAACCACUUUGGGUACGAACAGCUAAACAAGAAGUCCAUACAGAUUGAUCCCAGUUUAUUAACAGGUCUGCAUGAUGCAAUGUUCUCCUUGAUUUGUCUGGUUCCCUUGUGCAUUGCAAUAAUCCAGAUUCUAGCUUGGACUCCCUUCUCUAUCAGAAGUAGCCAUGACUCAAACUGGGCAGUCACCUUCCAAUAAGAUCGUAUUCUGUCGUAAGAUUAAAAUGUGGUUUAAGAUUUUUGUAUUUUUUAAUUAAAAUGUUUUUCAAUCAAAAAUCUGCCUUCUCUUCCUCUUCUCUCCUCCCCUUUGAGAAAGAAAUGAAAAACAAACUCCCUGUAACUUUUGUAUUUUUUAUAUUAAAUUCAUACUAUGCCAAAAGGGAAAACUCUCCAUUAUCACCUCUUAUCUGUUAAAAAAAUAACUUCAAGGAUUCUCUUGCCUCUUUUGACUAUGGACUAAAUAUAAUUUGUUAUUAAAUAAUGAUGUGCCUCUGGUGCCUGUAGAUUAUCAUUUAUAGUUCUCAGAAUGUCUUAUAUUCUCAGUACAGCCUAAAACUCUAGGUGAUGGAAUUGCCACAUGAAUUGGUUAAAUGAAUUCUCUGUGGGUUGGUGGGAAGCUCUAGAGUCUAUCUGCCUAUAUACAUUAUUUUCAGUUUCUCUUACUAUACUGUUCUUCGGUGAUUUUUAGAAAUCAAUUGGUCCUUUAUGAUGGAGGGAUACCUCUGUAUACAUUUGGAUUAGCUGCAAAACAUUACUGUGCCAUAAUGAACAGGUUUCUUAGGUUGCGUGGACCUUUGAAAGUUUAGGGAUAAAUGGUCAAAGGAUUUAAACAGACAAUUUUCAGAUAAAGAAAUUAAAGUCAUGUAUAUACAUAUGAAAAAAAUGAUCUAAAUCACUGUUGGUUAGAGAAAUACAAAUUAAGACAACCCUGAGGUACUACUAUACACAUCUCUCAGAUUGUCUAAGAUGACAGGAAAAGAUAAUGAUGAAUGUUGGAGGGAAAACUAUGGCACUAAUGCUUUGUUGGUGGAGUUGUGAGGUGAUUAAACCAUUCUGGAGAGCAAUUUGGAUCUAUGCCCAAAGAGCUACUAAAUUGUAUGUCACUAUUGGGUCUGUAUCCCAAAGAGAUCAUAAAAAAGGGAAAAGGACCCCCAUGUGCAAAAUUGUAGCAGCUCAUUUUAUAGUGGCAAGGAAUUAGAAAUUAAGUGGAUGCCCAUCAGUUGGGGAAUGGCUGAAUAAGUUAUGGUAUAUGAAUAUUAUGGAAUAUUAUUGUUCUCUAAGAAAUGAUGAGCAGGCUGAUUGCAGAAAAACCUAGAUUUACAUGAACUGAUGGUGACUGAAGUGAGCAGAAACAAGAGAACACUGUACACAGUAAUAGCAAGAUUAUCUGAUGAUCAAUGCUGAUGGACCUGGCUCUUCUCAACAGUGCAAUUCAAAGCAAUUCCAAUAGGUUUGGGAUGGAAAAUGCCAUCCACAUUCAGAGAGAGAACUAUGGAAAAUGAAUGUGGAUUGAGGUAUAGUAUUUUCACCUCUUUUUUUUUGCUUGUUUGCUUUUUCUUUCUCAUGUUUUCUUUUGUUUUGGCUUUUUUUGGUCAGUUUUUUCUUGUACAAUAUAACAAAUAUAGAAAUAUGUUUAAAAGGAGUGGGCAUGUUUUACCUAUAUCAGAUUACUUGCUCUCUUGGGAAGGGAGAAUAUAAGGAAAGGAGAGAGAAAAAUUUGGAAGUCUUACAACAAUGAAUGUUGGAAACUAUGUAUAUUUGGAAAAAUAAAAUACUAUUGAGGAGGAAAAAAGAAAGUGUAGGAAGCAGAAUGAUAGUUUAUAAUGUGCUUCUCAGAUUUUAGUAUGGUCCAUCAGUGUCUAAGAGUUGAGGUGAAAGAUGGUGUGCAAAAACAAGGGUACUUCUGUUCUCUUUAGUUUGUUGAAUUUGCCUUUAAAUUGGGACCUGAAAUCAAAUAAUUUGCUUCUAUGAGCCCUUGAGGCCAAUAAGCAUGACAUAAAAUGGAGAUAGUUAAAUUCACUUUCUUCCAAAUGGACCCCUGACCUCCAUUUACUUAAUUGAAAUUAUCUGGUUUUUAAAAAUUUAACUCAUCUUAUUUGGUAUGUAGUUUUUAGAUAAGCCAUCUGGGGUAUUUCUAUUAUGGCUGAAGUUAUGGACCUGCUAUUGAUAGUCCCUUUUCCCCUUAUGUUUUUGCUUUAGACUUUGAAUGAGGAUUUUUAUUUAAGCAGUCUCACUAGUCGCUUUUGUCUAUGUUUUUAUGUGAAUGUAAAUGAAAUUUGCUUUAUGUUUUUUACAAAAAAAUUUUUUUAUGUGCAAUUAACUCAGUUAAGGUUAUUUUGAGGAGAAGCACAUUAUAAACUAUUAAUAAUUACAUGAAUGUGAAUUAUUAUUAUUAGUUGAAAAAUAUUGAACCCAGAAGGAUAAAUUUAAUGAAUCUGGGGUACUGUAGAAUCAAUCAAAUAAGGGUUACAUUAAUCUUAUAACUAUCAUUUCUUAAGAAGUCUUUCCAGAGAAAGUGCCUUACACUUAGAUAAUUGUACAAAAUACUGAUGUUUUAUCUGUUUACAUUGGAUGGCAGACAGCUUUGUUUUAUUUCUGGCACACUCAGGAAAUAUGAAACAUUUCCAGCUCUCUGAAUAUUUUAUGUGUUAUAAUAUUGUACAUAGAGAUUAGAAAAUUAGAAAAAUCCUUUUGGUGGGAAAUUUCUCAAAUUCUUAUAUUGUGUUUUUAAAAUGGGAUAUAUGUAAUAGGGAAUUAUGUAUCUUCUGUCUUUCCAGUACUAUCUUUAAAAAGAAGUAAAUUCAUGAAAAUUAACAUUAUUUGAAAAGAUUGUUGUGAAUUAAGAAAGCACGACUUAAUUCUAAUAUUUGACAUGUAAAAUGGCACUUUUUAAAGAUUAAUUCUUUUUUGUGAUAUUUAGUGAUAAUAAACCUAACAUAUUUCAGUA